CAGACGCAUGCGCAUUACGUAUUCGCUCAUUAUGGGAUCCUGGUGGCCAGUGUUGUCGUUUCUUCUUUUCUUCGCCGCAUUUGCUGUCUCGAGCAAUGUUGUCGAUUUAGAUAAAGGCAAUUUUGACGAGGUGAUUACUGGAGAUAAACACGCGUUUGUAGAGUUCUACGCACCGUGGUGUGGACACUGCAAGCAGUUUGCUUCUGCAUAUGAGGAAGUUGGAGAUGCAUUCAGCAAUGUUGAUGACGUGACCAUUGCGAAGGUAGACGCAGACUCCGAGAAGGAUUUGGCAUCUAGAUUUGGUGUUACUGGAUACCCCACAUUGAAAUUCUUUCCAAAAGGCAGCACAGAGCCAGAAGAUUACAGUGGUGGCAGAAGUGCUGACGAUGUGAUUAACUUUAUCAAUAGCAAAGCAGGCACCAGAGCAAAGAUCAAGAAGGCAGCAUCAGCUGUUGUUGAUCUUGAUCCUAGCAAUUUUGACAAAAUUGUUAAGGAUGAAUCAAACGAUGUGCUUGUUGAGUUUUAUGCACCCUGGUGUGGUCACUGCAAGGCUCUUACUCCAAAGUAUGAGAAAGUCGGUGCAGCAUAUAAGAAUGAACCAAAUUGUGUGGUGGCAAGACUCGAUGCAGAUGGCCACAGAAGCAUUGGGGAAAAGUAUGGUGUUAGUGGCUUUCCUACCAUCAAAUUCUUUCCUAAAGACAACAAGGAUGGCGAAGAGUAUAACGGUGACCGAGAGGAAAAGGACUUUGUUGAGUUUUUGAAUAAAAAGUGUGGCACACACAGACUCAUUAGUGGAGCACUGGACUCUUCUGCUGGACUAGUUGAAGAACUGAAUGAAUUAGCCAAAAAGUUUAUGGCUGAGGAGAACAAUCGAGAUUCAAUCAUGGAACAGGCUUCAGCUGUAGCUGAUGGACAUGCCAGCAAACAAGAUGCAACUUACUAUGUGAAAGUUAUGAAGAAAAUUCAGGAGAAGGGCACUGAAUUUGUCACCAGUGAAGUGUCUCGAAUCGAGCGUCUUCUUGGUGGGUCAGUGAGUGCCAACAAAGCUGAUGAAUUUACAAAAAGGAAAAACGUUCUCAAUCAAUUUUCUGUUUAGAAAUUGUUGUGAUGAAUUUGUUGUGAGGAGACAUUUCUGUGCUUAUUGUGUUAACAUUGUGUUGCUUUCCAUUGCUGAAAUUGUGGAAGGUUUGCUUGUUUAGAAGACAGCUCCUAGUACAGCAACUUUGUUAUACGUGUG